AUGGACGAGUACAUCUCGCCCUUCAAUUCGCCGCUCUGCGACAACAUCGUCGAUGUGCUCAGCGCCAUCGUCUCCAGCUUCUUCGCCCUCAUCGCCUUCUUCUUUGCCACUGUCACCGAGCUCACCGUCGGCAUCGUUUCCCUCAUCAUCUUCAUCGCCUCAACGACUGUCCAGACGGCGCUUGGCUUCGCUAUGUCGCUCAUCAAUGCCAUCAUCACUUCAGCUGUCCGCCUCAUCGUCGCGGUUUUCCCGCCCAUCGUCACCUUGGUCCAGCUUCUGGUAACCUAUGUCGCAUACCCGGUCAUAAAUUGGCCUGACCUUGCCUUCAUCUCACUGGGCAUCGCUGCUCUUUCGUACGCCGUUAUCAACUCGAGCGCACGCGGCUCCAUCUAUUCUCAUUUCAUCCAGCCAACCAUACUUCACCUCUCCCACAAGCUGAGCAUCUGGAAGGAAGGAAUUGUCCUCACCUACCAGACAUGGCAAUUCGAGCGCGCCGAAAAGGCCGCGACCAAGGCCAGAGUCAAGGCUGAAGCUGAAGCAGCAGCCGCGGCGGCGCAUGCCCAAGCCCAAGCACAAGCAGCACUUGAAGCGGCGCAAGCACUGGCUCAAGCCGAAGCCACUGCUGCCUUCGAAGCCGGACAAGAGCGAGCCCGAGCACAGACUGCCGCAGUCUCAGCAGCCACCGCCUCACUUCCAAGCACUCCAACCAUUCCCCGUAAGACUCCUACGACGCUGCUUCUCAAGACAGCUCCGAACGGCUACUACAGCCUCUCUCCUCCGCGCUACACGCCGCUCUACCCUCCUCAUCCUCGGACGCCUCCCACCCCCACCCCCAAGUCCUCGUCCAACCCCAACUCCACCAAGAGGCUCAGCCCCAACGAGAAGCUCCUCACCCACCACGCCGACAUCGAGCGCUACGAAUGGCACACCAAGACGGGCCGCUACUCCGACUGGGCGCGCAGCUACCGCCCUACCUCUCAGCGCUACCCGCACGUCCCCGCCCCGGUUCCCUCAUCCCCUCCCAUCACCGGCCUCAUCACCACCGCGCCGCCUCCUCCGCGCUACCACCCUCACCCGCUCAGCAUCCUGCCGCCUGAGCAGAUGCACCUGCUGUACGGCCCCGAGGGCGCUGACGGCCAGCUCGCCGAGCUGCGCAAGUGCCUGCACCCGUGGACCACCUUCCCCGGCGAGGACGUCAAGAACACCGACGACUGCGACCCGUCCUUCACGAUGCGCUUCUUCAACGCGCGCGUCGACGACAUCGCCGCCUUCCUGCAGCGCGAGCGCAACUGGACCUGGAUGUCGCCCAAGGUGCACGCCGCGGCCGUCACCUUGUGGCGCGAGGCGCGCAUCAAGAUGUUCCUGGGCGGUCCUCUCUACAACAUCGGCCCUGACGUUGUUGCGAUGUGGAACAACGAUGUGCUGACCGGCACCCCGCUGGGCUGGCUGGGCGAUUUGAGCUUCGGUUUCCCGCUGCGCGAUGAUGUCUUGAGGGCGGUGGAGCAGCGCUGGGAAUUUCUCUAUUCGCAGCCGGCUCAGCGGCGCUUCCAGAAUGGCAGCUUGCUCGGCGGCGCAUCGUUCGGAACGACAAUCUCUUUCGCCUCGUCCGCGCCUGCUGCUGUCCAGUCCACAAUGGCUCCGCAGCCUGUCACCCAGACCGUCACUGGCACUCAGCUGCCCCUUCCUGCACCUGCUGUUAUCCCGGUCACUGCUCCUCAGCCCGCUGUCCAGGCUGUCCCCAACCUUGGUCAGCAUGUCGUCGAACCUUGCACUCCUAUUCAACCGGCUGUUCCCAUCGUGAGCGGUGGCGGUUCAUCAGUCCUGGCCAACGCUGUCGCCAAAAGGGUCACUCCUAGCACCCCGGGCACCCCCAUCCGGUCGACUACCCCGGCAACUGCCAGCAGCCACGGCUCAUCCACACUUGCCAAGCGCAGGUUCGGCGUUGUCGACGCGGUGCAGGCUACGCCUGCCAUGCCAGGAACUCCCCCCAUCAAGUCGUUCACUCCCUCCGGCAGUCCUGGCAGCGGCUCGUCCAUCCUGGCGGCGGGUGCUGCCCAAAUCCCAAUGAGGCGCAAGCUCAGUGACGCGUCGUCCCCAGCCAGCUUCAUUUCGACGGUCCACGGAGAAGAUGAUGACUGGGCGAGGCAGGGCCCUACCAAGAGGACGAAGGCCUAA